AUGUUAGUCUCCAAAUUAUUCGCUUUCUUGGUGAUCUGCUCUGUCAUUACGGUGGCUUCCUCGGGUCCCGUUGUUUAUGCGGCGUGUCUUACAAUUUGCACGGCCGCGUGUGGUGUCGGGGUGAUCGUUGGCACGGGUGGAAUCGGCGCGGUGGCUGCCCCCGGGUGUUUCCAAGCUUGCAUGGCAGGAUGUGCGAUCACCGGAAUUGCUCCAACUCCA